CUGUUGGAUGGAAGCUGCGCUGCUUAGGUGACACGUAACUAAAGUUAAAAGUGUUGUAGGCCUCGUAAAUAUCGAGAUUUUGAGUUCUACUACAGGACUUGACAAAGUCUGAACGCGUUGCACUGGGAAUCUGUUACAUCCUGUCUGGUUUUGUUUCGGAAUAGAGUGCUGCGCUUCUACAUUACACACUGAUAAAUUCUGCUUCUCAUCAAAUAUCGGAGAGAGUUUGCUGUGUGUAGUGUAGUCAAGCGAAAAUCCAAGAAAAAGUAACAACAAACUGGGAUUCCUUCGUGGAUGUGGCUACACCGUCUUGUGGGCUAAAAUGAAUCCAACAUAUUCACUAAACUUGCCUCAACUCUGAAGUGUUUCUGCUCCCACUGUCUAAUAAUGCUUGGGGAAGACUGAGGUGAGAAGGGGCUUGAGAGGUAGAAAGUUUUGCCGAAGUUUGCACAGAAGUGACCGGGGGAUUGUUUGUGCAGGCGGCGGGGAGGGAAGCGAUUAAAUCAUGGGGAAUGGAGUGUGUUCUCGGAGGCAGCGGAGAAUCUUCCAGUCUCUCCUUCUCAUCACUGUGGUUUUCGGGAUGAUUUAUGUGGGGAUGAUAUCGUAUGAGAUGCACAAUCAGUUGAAGAGGACUGAGGCGAUGGCUGUCAAGUACCAGCAGCAUCAAGAGUCGCUGUCGGCGCAACUUCAAGUGGUGUAUGAGCAUCGCUCGCGGCUAGAGAAGUCUCUGCAGAAGGAACGUGUGGAGCACAAGAAGGCCAAAGAGGAUUAUCUGGUGUAUAAACUUGAAGCCCAACAGUCACUGAACAAGGAAAAGCAGGACUCCAGCAACAAAUUCAACUCUUUACAUGAGCAGCACCAGAUGCUGAAGAAGCAGCAUGAGGACCUGAAGAAGCAGCACUAUGACCUGCAGGAGCAGCAUCAGAUUCAGGGAGAGGACCACAGCAAGGUCUUGGACCAACACAAGGACAGCUUCGACAAACUACAGCAGACCAAAGAGAUGGAGGUCUCCAAACUCAAAGAGAAUGUGUAUAAUCUGCGACAGGAGAAUAAGCAGCUGAGGAGAGCCCACCAGGACAUCCAUGUCCAGUUGCAGGAUGCACGGAUAGUACAUAAGGACUUGAAGGCUGCCCAUGAUCAGCUUGCACUGACGCUAGAGGACCACAAGAGUGCGCUGGCCGCAGCUCAGGUCCAGGUGGAUGAGUUUAAACAACUCAAAGAGACCUUGAUCAGAAUGCCCAGCCUUCGACAUGAUCAAAACCCCGCCCACCAACAGGCCCAGCCUGGUGCUGUAUUGUCCGAGCCCCAUGAACAGCUAGCUGCCUUAGUGGCUACGCCUCGCGUAGAAGCACACAGCCAUGGGGAAGACCAUGAGGAAGACCAUGAGGAAGACCAUGGGGACACACAGUCCAGGUUGCAUCUGCAGGAGGAGGAGGUGGCCAAGCCAGAGUUCCAGUCUCAGCCUGCCGAGAAAGAGGCAGAGGGGGAGGCAGAGGGGGAGGCAGAGGGGGAGGCAGAGGGGGAGGCAGAGGGGGAGGCAGAGAGGAGGAGAGAGCUGGCGGAGGAAGAGAUGGAGCAGGCGGGGCAGCCCCAGAAGCUGGAGGAGGAAUCCGAACAACCACAGGAGGACGAGGGGUUGGAGGCGGAACAAGACCAGCCAGACGACAACGCUCUGGACCGUCAGAGACGCCAACCACAAGAUCCACAAAGUGACAUCCACCUCGUCCCUGAGACCCACCUCCAGCAGGAGGCCCACGUGGCCCAGGCGGAGCGGGUGAAGUCUGCCUACGAGCAGCAGCAGGAGCAGCAGCGCCUGGAGGCUGAGCGGGCCCAGAGGACGAGGGAGCUCCAACUGCGCCAGGAGGCCCUGCAGGCCCAGAGAAUGAGCGUGCAGAGGGAGCGAGAGCUGCGUCUGAGAGCUCAUCACCAGCGAGAGGAGGAGCAGCAUCGAGAGGCGGACCGUCGGGAACAGCUACUGAAGGAGGAGCAGCUCAGGAAGAAGAGUGACUAUGAGAACAUGGACAAUGACAUCGUCCAAGGGGAUGAAGAACCUCGUAUUGAUGAUGACGAAGAGAGGGAAACCCACUUGAAGCAAGAGGAAGAGGUCCACCGAGUACCACAACUACAGGAGGGGGCAGUAGAGGGAGAGGUGGACCCAGAGGAUGACCCUAAUAACCAGGGGGAGGAUGAGUUUGAUGUGGCGGAGGAGCAGCAUCUUCAGCACAGGGAGGAAGAGGAAGAGGAAGAGGAGGCAGCGCCGGCCAAACACACAGACACACACCCCAACACCAAUCACCCAGCCAUAGACGAGGAACUGGUGAUGGCGGUAAACCCAGACCAGCAGGAAGACAACCUGGAUGAGCAGUAUCCGGAGGAGGAUGAGGUGCAGGAUGAUUUGGCCGGGGGGCAGAAGAGGGAGGAGGAGGAGGAGGAGGAGGAGCCAUACAAUGAGGAGAACGGAGAACACGGUGAAGUGAAAGAGGAGGAGGAGGUCCCAGCAGAGAAAGAGGGAGAACACAGGAAAGAAGGAGAGAUCAACGAGGAGGAGAACUACGAAGACGAGGAGGUGGGGUUUGGACGGGAUGAGCGGACCAAUCGAAGGGAGAUGUGAGAUGGACAGAGACAUUGACCAAUGAGAGUGCCUAUCCCCAUCACUGGGAGCCAAUCAGAUCUCUCUAUUGUUUCCUCUUUUCCCUAAAGGAGUAAAAACAGUCACCCACUCGGCAUUCCGAUUGGAAUUCUAUUGGAAUGUCUGCUUGGAGAUGGGAUGGUAUUCCCUUUUGUGUGGGACAGGAACUGAUGAACUUCUGGACAGAAUUCUCCUACUGGAACUGGGAAUACUAUAUAUACUGAACAAAAAUAUAAACACUACAUGUAAAGAUUUUGGUCCCAUGUUUCAUGAGCUGAAAUAAAAGA